AUGUCCAGGGAUGGCGGUGCAAGCUGGAGGAAAGUCCUAGAUUCUCCAUCUACAUUUUCAUUUGCCGACUUUGGAAAUAUUGCCGUCUGCAUACCUUUCAAAACAGAAUUUGAUGAAUCCCGUAACAUGGUUUGGAAAACGGACAGCUUUACCUAUUCGUUAGACCAGGGAAAGACAUGGUCCAGUAUGAAACUAGAAAAUCAGAAUUCAAUACCAGUUAUGAUGACCACGGCUAAGGAUGGUACCUCGCAUCACAUGACGUUUUUGUUGUUUGACACAAAGAGUCAAAAAUACAUCAUUACAUCGGCUGACUUUUCGAAUGCGUUCAGCAGGAAAUGCGACAAAAAGAAGGAUUAUGAGGUGUGGUAUGCGAGACAGGAUUCCCAAACCAAAGAACCUGUUUGUAUCCUUGGACAGAAACAGAAAUACAACAGGAGGAAGCAGGACGCUGAUUGCUUUGCCAGUACUCUCUACGAGGAUUUGCAGGUCAUAUCAGAGCCUUGCAAAUGUACAGUCAACGAUACACAGUGUGCUCACGGCUUUAUUCAGGAUAAGCAAUUAGCAUGUGUUCCGAUUCCAGAGGUGAUUGCAAAUGAGGUUUGCACAGGCAAAAAUUUGAAUCGGAAGAUUAAAGUUUCUUCGAGGCAGAUGAUCCUUGGUGACAACUGCAAGGGUGGCUUUAACAUUCCCAAGAAUGACUACACACUUGACUGCAGGGAGAUUGUGAAGGAGGCACAGCGUGACAAAAUCAAGGUGUUCGAGUACGCAUUUCAUGAAAGUGUUAUCUCCUACGUCUAUCUUGAAAGGGAUUUAGAGAAUGGCGGAAUUCCUGAUGAAACUUUGUUGGUGGUGACGAAAUCGUUGGUCUUAUAUGUAUCUUAUGAUGGUGGUGCUCGUUUCGUGCAGCCGCCUUCUCUUAGCGCCGCACAAGGUAAUAUUGCAAGUGCAUUUACCAAUCCAUACUACCCAAAUAACGUGUACGUUGUCACCAAGGAUGGAACAACAUACUUCUCCUCUGACCGUGCGGGAACCUUUGACACGUUUAAUUCUCCAUACACGACAUCGUAUGGUGGAGCACCAAGCUACGAUAUGUCUUUCAGUAAGGCCAACAGCUCAAGAUUCAUUUGGUACUAUAAGGAGGACUGCAAUUCUAUCGGCGACUGCAAAGUCUCAAAGGCUGCUAUUACAAAUGAUAACGGCAAAUCGUUUAUACACAUGCUUGAUAACAUCCGGAAGUGCCAUUUUGCAGAUUCGAUCUUUGACUCAAAGCACUAUGACAUUCGGGAUAAGAGAAUCAUAUGUGAGACGAAAAGACCAUCGGAGCCUUUGGCCAAAUUAAUCACCAGUGUUGACUACUUUGCCACAGAUGGCGACGUGCUUCUAGAUAAAGUAAUUGGGUCUACCUCAAGUGGCGAAUUCUUUGUUGCUGCCACAUUGAAAGAGGACAACUCGUUGGCAGCCUUCGUCUCAGUUAAUGGUGUUGACUUUGCCAAGGUCCAGUUCCCACAUGAUAUUGCAGUUACCAGACAGACGGCUUACACUAUUUUGAACGUGAACUCGAAGCAGAUAUUCAUGCACGUGACUACAAAUCCAAUUGAAGGAGAGCAGUAUGGUGCCCUUUUGAAAGGCAACUACAAUGGAACAAUGUAUGUCACUUCGAUCAGACAUGUGAACCGGGAUGAUCAUGCAUAUGUUGAUUUUGAAAGCGUUGAGGGGCUUGAAGGUAUAUCGCUAUUGAAUGUGGUUAGCAAUGUGAAGGAAAUCGAAUCCAAAAAGGGAAGGGACAAGAAGCUCAAGACUCUGAUUACGCAUAAUGACGGUGCUACAUGGAAUCCUCUCCCGGCACCUUUGGUUGACUCAAAGGGAAAGAAGUAUAAGUGUGGCAAAGAUUGCUCUUUGAAUCUCCACUCUUUCACGGAGAGGGACGAUCCAAUCAGAGACACAUUUUCUUCAGGAUCAGCAAUGGGAAUGCUAUUUGGAUUGGGAAAUGUUGGCAAGGAACUCAAGCCAUUGUCAGACCCGGACACAGCCUUGUUCUUUACGAGCGAUGCCGGAACAACCUGGAGAGAGAUAAAGAAAGGCCGAUAUAUGUGGGAAUUUGGCGAUCAGGGUACAAUACUUGUGAUAGUGAGCUCUUCGGAGCCAACGGACACACUUUCGUAUUCUCUAGAUGAAGGAUACACAUGGAAAGAUUACAAGUUCAGCACCAGCAAGCGUGUGGUUAAUGACCUCUCUACGGUUCCAUCGGAUACAGCCAGAAGAUUUAUGCUCUUGAUGCGUAAUGACGAUGGUUCGAACACCGCUUUAAGCAUAGACUUUUCCAGACUUCAGGAUAGACAGUGUGCUGUUGACAUUGGUGACAGUGACAAUCAAAAAGACUUUGAGUAUUGGAGUCCACAACGGCCAGAUCUCAAGAAUGAUAAGUGUCUUUUUGGCCACGAGUGGAGAUAUCUGCGCCGGAAAGCCUCAUCAAACUGCUUUAUUGGUGCAGCCCCACUUUCUGAGGGAUAUAGGCACAUUCGGAACUGCUCGUGUACCAGAAAUGACUUUGAAUGCGACUACAACUUUGAGCUUGCAUCUGACGGGACUUGUAAGCUUAUCAAAGGUCUUUCUUCUAAGGACAACUCAGAGAUUUGUAGAAUUUCUCCCGGUACUUUGGAAUACUGGGAGCCAACAGGCUACAGGAAAGUUCCUCUCAGUACUUGCGAAGGAGGCUUAGAGCUCGAUAAAUGGGCAUCGCAUCCGUGCCCUGGAAAAGAGAACGACUACAAGAAAGAGCAUGAUAUUGGCGUGCACGGAGGAUCCUUAUUUUGGGUUAUUGCAAUUCCAUUGACGGCAUUUAUUGCAUCUGCAGCCUUUGUUUAUGACAGAGGUAUUCGGAGAAACGGAGGCUUUCAAAGAUUCGGAGAGAUUAGGCUUGACGAUGAUGAUAAUCUCCAGCUUGUGGAGGAAAACAACACAGAUAGAGUUGUCAACAAGAUUGUGAUGGCAGGUGUUUACGCAUUCAGCUUUUUAACAAGUGUGAAACGCAAAGUGUCUGCAUUUUUGCGCAGAAGAGUGCUGGGAGUGAGAGGUGAAAACUCAGAUGCAGUGACAUCGUUUUUUAACGACAGAAUUGUUGAUAAUGAUGAUGAUUCAUUAUUUAGAUAUGCUGAUGAGGAGGAUGAUGCUAGAGAGAUUGAUAGUUUCCUUGAAAAUGGGGCUGAGAAUGAUAUAGGUGCGGCAGAUGAUGAUGAGUUAAACGCUGAGGAUGAAUUAAAUGAUGAGAACCCACAUGGUUCUGCCUGA